AUGCACCAAAAGACUCUGCUCUUCGCCACAAACACUAGGCAAUAUGCGAUGAAGAUCAAGAUGGCACUGGAUUUGAACAUGAACGUGAGGGCGGAAAAGGCGGGAGAUAAAGCCGUCAUGAUCACUGUCGACGCACCGAUGCUUGGUCGUCGUUUGAACGAAUACAGGAAUUCCUUUGGAAUUCCGGAGGGGAUGGGGUACCCCAAUAUCGUGCCAGGUACCGAUAUGGCCAACCUGGUUUACCCGGGCAAGGCAUGGAAUGAGGAGAGGCUAAGAUUUCGUGGAUUCGAAGUGUCACGAAGCUUAUACACGGCUGAGGAUGUCUCUGGGGCAAUUCAACACGGCGUUGAUGGUGGUAUCCGACGGGGUACUGAUAUCAAGGCUUUGUCGCUUGGUGCUGACUAUUGCUUUGCUGCUCGGAAUCCGAUUUGGGGAUUGGCGUAUGACGGUCAAAAAGGAGUUGAGCUUCCCAUUCGGCUGCUGGAAGAAGAUUUCAAAAGCUGGCUAUGUCUCUAUCAGGAUGCAAAACCGUAA